AUGCUGAGAACCAAAAUUACUGGAUCUUCUCAUGUCCUCAGGACUGCGUUCAAGAGAUAUUCUUCAACUAUCGAUAGUGGAGCUGUGGAAGUUGUGAAACCUAAGAAAACAAGUUUCACACGCCGUCUCUUUAGAUUGGGUUUAGCCGUCACGGCAUUCUAUGCUGGUGGUGUUGCUGUUUCUCAAUAUGAUGACGAUUUAGGUACUUUAUUUACCGAAAAGGUGCCGGGAGCUGAAAAACUGGUUGACAGUUAUGUGACUUACAGAUAUGAUCCAACAAUUUCAAAAAUGCUAUCAACCGAGUAUCUUCUAAAUUUGUUUAAAGGAGAAAAUACGGAGGUGAAACCAUCGACAAGUAGUCGUCUCGUGCCUAUCCAUGAUGCGAUCAAAGAACUUCAUUUGGAACUAUUGGAACUGGAUUCGGAGAAUAAUUCAGAGCCGGAAAUGCAAAAAAUCAUAAACUCCUUAAACAGUACAAUUAACAUGAUUAAUGAGCAAAAAUUGAGAAUCGGGGGUAAAAAAUCAAGAUCUAUAGAAGAGAAUUAUAAGCAAUUGAUUGAAGACAUUCUACAUCUCGACAAAAACCUAAAGGAAACUGUCUCGAAAAGUAUUAAUGAAAAGACUGAAGAGGUUGUUAAAAAGGUCAGAGAGCAAUACAAGAGAAAACUUGCUGUUUCUGAAGUCGAACUACAAGACAAAUAUAAGAAUGAGUUUAUUCAUCUCAAGGAAGAGAUGGAAAAACACUACCAAGAUAUUUUGAAUCAGAAGCUGGAAGCCAAUAAACAACAUUUAGAGGCGAAGCAUGCCAAUGAAAUUGCAUUGCUUUCCAUCACACAAGUAAGUGAAUUUAAUAAAAUUAUUAAGGAAAAAGUUGAUUCAGAGAGGAAUGGUAGAUUGGCGAAAAUCGAGGAUCUUGAUAAGAAGGCAGAGAACCUAACAGAGGCUCUAAAACAUGUUAACAAAGUUGUUACAAGAAAUGAAGCUGUGAAACAAAUUGCUCAACAAAUUGAAAUAAUUAGGUCGAAGUUGAAUUCACAUGAUUUAAACAGUAUCUCUUUGCAUGAUGAUCUCACAAGAUUGAGAACACUAACUGAUAUUGCAGUUCCAGGACCAAAGCCAUGUUGUAAACAUAAGGAUUUGACACCUUCUUUAUUUAGAGUUGCUCUAGAUGAACUUGAAUCUGUUGCUGGAUCUUCUGAGAGUAAGAUACUGUCUGAAGAACAGAUUUACAAUAGAUGGAAUCUAUUAGAAUCCGACUUCAAAACAGCAUCACUAUUACCACCAAAUGCUGGUAUGCUAGGUCACUUCACAGCAAAACUAUUCUCAUUGUUUUUAUUUACCAAAAGAGGCAGCGCCUUACCAGAUGCUACUGAUCUAGAUUCUGUCUUUGCUAGAAUAAAUGAAAAUCUAAGACAUUCUAAAUUGGAUAAAGCAGUAGCAGAUGUUGUCACAUUAAAAGGAUGGACGCAUGUCUUAUGUGAUGAUUGGUUAAAGAAUGCAAGAAGGAAACUUGAAGUAGAGAAACUUGUGGAUGUGCUUGACUCCGAAUUGAAGUCUUUGUGA